CCCAGACAUGAGGACGAGCUGAUCACCCUCGCCCUGCGGCUCUAGGGGCGUCCAAAGCCGGGACCAAGGAAAAUGAUUCCGGUAACCGAAUUCCGUCAGUUUUCUGAGCAACAGCCAGCCUUCCGAGUGCUAAAACCAUGGUGGGAUGUGUUCACAGAUUAUCUAGCUAUGGUCAUGCUUAUGGUAGGUGUGUUUGGCUGCACUUUGCAGGUGAUGCAAGAUAAGAUAAUAUGUCUGCCUAAAAGAAUACAAACCUCUGACAACUCUUCUGCCUAUAAUGCAUCAACUUUUGCGGCCACUACCUUACCACUUCCUGCACCUAACCCGACAGCUUCGACUGGAACUGUGGAAAUGAAGGGUCUGAAGACAAACCUAGACAUCCAGCAAUAUAGUUACAUCAACCAAAUGUGCUACGAGCGUGCUCUGCAUUGGUAUGCAAAGUAUUUUCCCUAUCUGGUCCUCAUUCAUACUUUGGUUUUCAUGUUGUGUAGCAACUUUUGGUUUAAGUUUCCUGGUUCAAGCUCAAAAAUUGAACACUUUAUUUCAAUCCUGGGAAAAUGUUUUGAUUCACCUUGGACAACCAGAGCCUUAUCUGAAGUGUCUGGUGAGGAGCCAGAAGAAAAGGACAAUGUGAAGAACAAUAUGACCAAAUCCAUCACAAGUCCACCUGCAGCAGAUAGUCCACUGGUGAAGACUCAGUCCCUGAGAUCAAUCCCGGAGAAAUUUGUUGUUGAUAAAACUACAGCAGGGGCCCUGGAUAAGAAAGAAGGCGAGCAGGCAAAGGCAUUAUUUGAAAAGGUAAAAAAAUUCAGACUCCACGUGGAAGAAGGAGAUUUACUUUAUACCAUGUAUGUCCGCCAAACCUUCCUAAAAGUAGUGAAGGUCAUAAUAAUUCUUGGUUACAAUAGUGUGCUUGUGUCAGAAGUAAGGUACACUGUGCAGUGUAAUGUUGAUAUACAAGACAUGACUGGAUAUAAGAACUUUUCUUGUAACCAUACAAUGGCACAUCUGUUCUCUAAGCUGUCCUUUUGUUACUUAUGCUUUGUUGGUGUCUACGGCCUAACGUGCAUCUAUACAAUUUACUGGCUAUUCUAUCGAUCCUUAAAGGAAUACUCAUUUGAGUAUGUUCGUCAAGAGACUGGCAUAGAUGAUAUACCUGAUGUCAGAAAUGAUUUUGCCUUUAUGUUCCACAUGAUUGACCAGUAUGAUCCUUUGUACUCCAAGAGAUUUGCUGUUUUUCUCUCAGAAGUUAGUGAAAAUAAAUUAAAGCAACUCAACUUAAACAAUGAGUGGACAGCUGAUAAGCUAAGACAGAGGUCACAAACAAAUGCUAACAACCGAUUGGAAAUUCAGUUAUUUAUGCUCUCUGGCAUUCCAGAUACCAUCUUUGAAGUCACUGAAUUACAGGCUCUUAAGCUGGAAAUUAUUAAUAACGUCACUAUACCAGCCACCAUUGCUCAGCUUGAUCACCUUGAAGAGUUGUCUCUGUAUCAGUGCUCCUUAAAAAUUCACGUUGCAGCCUUGACAUUCUUAAAGGACAACUUAAAGGUAUUGAGAGUAAAGUUUGAUGACAUUCGAGAAAUUCCACCAUGGAUGUAUAGUUUGAGGAACUUGGAGGAACUUUCAUUAAUUGGCUCAUUAUGCCCAGAUGUAGCCAAAAACAUUACACUCGAGUCUUUUCGUGAGCUGAAAUCUCUUAAAAUCUUAUUUAUAAAGAGUAAUUUAGUGAAAAUCCCUCAAAGUACUGUUGAUGUUUCUAGUCAUCUUGUAAAGCUCUGUAUCCAUAAUGAUGGCACCAAGUUGGUGAUGCUGAAUAAUUUGAAGAAAAUGGUCAACUUAACAGAGUUGGAGCUUAUUCAUUGUGAUCUAGAGCGUAUUCCCCAUUCCAUUUUUAGUCUCUUAACACUCCAAGACCUUGAUCUGAAAGAAAAUAACAUCAAAUCCAUUGAAGAAAUAGUUAGUUUCCAGCACCUGCGAAAACUUACUGCCUUAAAGCUUUGGUAUAACAGCAUUUCAUAUAUUCCAGAACAUAUCAAAAAACUAACCAGCCUGGAACGUCUUUACUUUAGCCACAAUAAAAUAGAGAUCCUUCCUUCUCACUUAUUCUUAUGCCACAAACUCAGGUUCUUAGACUUAUCUUACAACGAUAUUAGAUUCAUUCCACCUGAAAUAGGGGUACUCCAAAGCUUACAGUUUUUCUCAAUUGCAUGCAACAAAGUAGAAAGUGUACCUGAUGAACUCUACUUCUGCAAGAAGUUAAAGACUUUGAAACUUGGGAAAAAUAACCUGUGCUCUCUCUCACCAAAAAUUGGUAACUUGGUGUUCCUCUCCCAUUUGGACCUUAAAGGCAAUCACUUUGAAAUUCUGCCACCGGAACUUGGUGAAUGCAAGGCUUUGAAGAAGAACGGACUUUCUGUAGAGGAUGCCUUGUUUGAUACGCUGCCUUCUGAAAUUAGAGAACAAAUGAAAUCUGAGUAAGAUCCCCAUGAUUUCUACAUGUUGGGCAUUAUUUACUAUUAUUCUCAUGCUACUUUGUGGCCAUGGUUUCAGUACUUUACAAUGUAAAUUAUCAACGACCAGACAACACUGAGGCAUUUGUAAAAUUUGUUGAAGGACAAUAUGUAAUUUUAGGACCUUGGUAGACUUAUUUGUCAUUUUAAAUACUCAGGUACUGUAUAUGUAUUACUGAGGGAAGCACAUUCUUAGGGAAUAUAUAUAUAUAUAU